AUGGCCGACGAGAAACCCCAUUGCAAAGUCAUCCUCGCCAACAACAUCGCCAAAAGCGUUCUGGAGGAAGUCCGCGAUGGUCUAAGCAAGCUUGAACGCAAGCCGCUCCUUGUCGGCUUCCUUUCGAGCGCGGAUCCAGCCGCGAGGGUGUACGCAGAAUGGACGGGCAAGACGUGCAUGGAAAAUGGCUUCGCCUUUGACCUCCGCGAAGUUGACCGCGAACUCCUCGAGGACGCUCUCAUCGACGCGAACAACGACUCCGCUGUCAAUGGCAUAAUAGUCUACUACCCCAUCUUUGGAAACCGUCAAGAUCAGUACCUACAGCAGAUUGUAUCCAUUGACAAAGAUGUCGAAGGUCUCUCCCACCGCUACAUCUUCAACAUGUACCAGAAUAUCCGCUUCCUCGACCCCGCCAGCACGAAGAAGAGUAUACUACCGUGCACGCCGCUCGCUGUUAUCAAGAUCUUGGAGUACUUGAGGAUAUAUAAUACCAUUUUGCCGUAUGGAAACAGGCUACAUGGGCGCACCAUUACCGUCAUCAACCGAAGCGAGGUUGUAGGCAGGCCACUGGCAGCUUUACUGGCGAACGAUGGGGCGCACGUAUACAGUGUGGAUAUCAGUGAUGUGCAGGCAUUCACCAGGGGUGUUGGUUUGAGGAAGAGGAGACACGAAGUGGUUGAGAAGCCUGGCUGGACACUCGAGGACUGCCUACCCAUCAGCGACGUGGUCAUCAGCGGUGUGCCAGGCGACAAGUACAAGGUACCGCUUGAGAAGAUGAGGGACGGAGCUGUGUGCAUCAAUUUCUCGAGCGAAAGGAAUUUUACGCCUGAGGUCAAGGAGAAAGCUUCGAUAUACGUGCCUGCCAUUGGCAAGGUUACUAUUGCCGUAUUAUUGAGGAACCUGCUGCGUCUUGCGCAAAACAAGAUCGAUGCCGCAGCUCAAAGCGUAGAAGAAAAAUCUUCGGAAAAAGCAACCGCUCCGGCAACCGCGUAG